UGCACUCCCGGGGCAUGUCGGCGCACUCAACUUGCCCCCGACCAGGUUGUGGCGCGCCUGAGUCGGUAAGGCAUCUGCUCUGGGAGUGCAGCGCUGCCGUAGAACAGUGGGCAACGGCCGGCUCCUUGGAAUUCCCGUACUUGCCAGCAAGGGAGGUCCUCACACCACAGCUGGUGCUGUACGGGGUGAGCCAAGGAAAUCAGAUACCAGCACGUACAUUUGCCAAACAGUGGCUCACCCUAGCCGCCAUCAAAGACGCCAUAUGGACCUCCAGAAACUUGCUGGCAAGAAAGCACAUGCAGAUCCCCCCCGUGGCUGUGAUCCGGAUGGCCGCAGCAACGGUCCAAACGGCCAGAGCUGCAGGCGGCGGGCCUAGGACACAGCCACAAAGAAGAAUCGCCUCUGUGCCCGUUCGGACGGAGGAGCCGGAGCCACACAUGGAAAGUUCAAGGCAGCGGCGGCCUGACCCUCCGGGUGAGGUUGGUGGGAAGGAGCUACAGGGUGAGGGUCUCCUCUGAGCGCCUGGACAAGAUCCCGAGAGACCAAAUCUGUUUGGGGGAGCUGAAUGAGUUCCCCUUUGAUAGGGACUCACUACACUCCUGCACAACAGUGGACUUGGAGAAGAGCUUUUAUUAUACAUUUAUUUUUUGUGAGUUUUAUUCUAACAAAUGCACUCCGCUUUGAAGACAUUUUAACAGAGACACUCACUGACAUGGACAAGCUGAAAACCAUUUUAUACCUUUAAUUUAUGACGUUAUCUGUAAUGCAUUUUAAAAACUUUUUUAAAAUGUUGUUUUACAGAGAACAUUUAUCUAUUUAUUGACGUGUUGUAUUUUAAAAGGUAACUUGGAAUUGACA